GCGGAGACCUUCGUGGUCCGCGUUUGAGGCAGAAGAAGCAGCGACACUAGUACAAACUUAGCCCUUGCUUUCUUCAGAGCUCGAGCCUAACCUUGCUGACUCAACUCAAGGAUCUUCCGUCCUAUAUUUUCGAAAUCCCUACAAGUGAGGAAUAUUACUGGCACGGCUUGCUCACGAAAUUCUUUGUUUCUUAAUUUUUUGUAGAUCCACAUUGUAUGUCCAAAGUCCAUAGCUCCAUUUCUAUGACACUUCGUGAUUUGCAAAGUCACAAUGUGUCAGAGACAUGUAGAAGGUUUUGGGAAUUUCAUGCAUAAGAUUAUUAUGAACAAGCCUAUAAAUCUGUAGACCACGUCUCCGACCUCUUUCGGCUCAAUGUCCGCACGGGACCAUUGUUAAUGAGCCAAAGUCGUACUGUUGUGGAAAAUGUGCAUGGCUGCCAUUCUGGACUCACAUAGCUUAGUUUGGCUCGGGUCGGCUCUGCCUCGCCUAGUCGGCUAGAGUACCGAGAAAUCGUGCAAAGCACAUGUUUCGGAAGAAGGACCUUUCGCCCUCUACUUUGCUGACAAUCUGAAUUAAUGUACUGUACUAGGAAGGUUGCACAUGUAUGAUUCUUGCGAAUAUCGUGAUGCUGACUAGCCCCAGAAGAAUCGUCAAUCGGAUGAAGAUCCGCUGUCUGAUUCCCAAAACAGAAACUGCUCACAGUCGAAGAUCGUUAGAGAGAAAAUGAAAGCGCAAAGUCAAACCACUUCAGGAAUUCACACCUCUUGAGCCUUGAACAGCUCUCAGUCGAAGGAGGAGACUCAGAGUAGUUCAAACCUGAGACUGUGGACUUGGUAAGUCCAUACCAGCUCAUUCCCCUUGCUCAUCCCGGGCCAAAGCAUCCUCUGUGAACUUUCACUCCACAAAGAGGCACAAAGAGGCCUUGGAUCAUGAUUCCAUGGCCUAAUACAAUGUGACAGUAUACAGCUAGUACUGGCUGCCCAGUACUCUACACCACUGUACUGACUACAGCUAGUCAACCCUUCAGUGGGUGCAGCGAUUGAGAGUGACUGAGCACGAGCACAAGAGCAGCUCAGAUCGUCAGAGUGCAGAUUCGCUGCCCCCUGCUGAUCGGAGGUACCUGCAACGAUGGCACAGGCGAUCGCCUCCCGUGCCCGCAAGGCCGUGGUGAAAGCGUUGGAGUCAGAAUGCUGGCAAUUGCGCGAGGGAGCGAGGCGCUAUCUUGGUCAAAGGAAAGUUGUGAGACCCAGUAUUGUCAACAAACGAAGCUCUGACAUUCUACAUGAUCCUUGGUACAAUAAGGGUACUGCAUUCCCAUUGACAGAAAGAGAAAGGCUGGGCUUGAGAGGCAUGCUGCCCCCAAGAGUCAUGAGCAUAAAUCAGCAAAUCGACCGCUUCAUGGCUAACUUUCGGUCUUUGGAGCGCAACACAAGAGAUGGACCGCAAGAAGUUGCUGCAUUAGCGAAAUGGCGUAUCCUGAAUAGGUUGCAUGACAGAAACGAGACGCUCUUUUACAAGAUACUUAUCGACAACAUUCAGCAAUUGGCUCCAAUAGUCUAUACUCCAACUGUUGGAUUGGUUUGUCAAAACUACAGUGGUCUAUUUCGGCGCCCUCGUGGCAUGUACUUCAGUGCUGCAGAUCGGGGGGAGAUGAUGUCCAUGAUAUACAACUGGCCAGCUGAGCAGGUUGAUAUGAUUGUGGUAACGGAUGGAAGCAGGAUUUUGGGUUUAGGAGACCUUGGUGUUCAAGGAAUUGGAAUUCCUAUUGGAAAACUUGAUCUUUAUGUCGCAGCAGCUGGGAUGAAUCCGCAAAGGGUUUUACCUGUGAUGAUUGAUGUUGGUACUAAUAAUCAGCAACUUCUGGACAACCCACUUUACAUGGGACUACACCGACCGAGGCUGGAAGGAGAGGAGUAUAUGAGUAUAAUUGAUGAAUUUAUGGAGGCUGCUUUUACGCGCUACCCCGAUGUCAUUGUCCAGUUUGAAGACUUUCAAAGCAAGUGGGCCUUUAAGCUUCUUCAGCGAUAUCGCACCCAUUAUCGCAUGUUUAAUGAUGACAUCCAGGGUACGGCCGGGGUAGCUCUCGCAGGAGUUUUAGGAGCAGUAAGAGCACAGGGUCGACCAAUGUCCGAUAUUGCCAAGCAGAAGAUCGUUGUUGUGGGUGCAGGAAGUGCUGGUCUGGGAGUGGUGAGCUUCAUGAAGCAGGCCGUUGCAAGAGUAGUGGGCAAUGAUUCGCCCCAAGUUCAAGGCUCUGAUAAUUUCUGGCUUGUAGACAAGGACGGUUUGGUGACCGAGGCACGUGAAAAUAUCGAUCCAGAUGCAAAACAGUAUGCACGGUCAUUGGAUGACAUUUCGCGAAGUGGCUUACAAGAAGGUGCUAGUUUGGUUGAUGUGGUUAGGCAUGUGAAACCUGACGUACUCAUGGGGUUGUCGGCAGUAGGUGGACUUUUCACACAAGAGGUUCUGGAAGCCAUGAAACUUUCUGACUGCCCAAGACCUGCAAUUCUGCCCAUGUCAAAUCCGACAUCAAAAGCUGAAUGCACAGCCGAGCAAGCUUUCAAGUAUGUCGGCCCCCACAUCGUUUUUGCAAGUGGUAGUCCCUUUCAAGACGUGGAUCUUGGAGAUGGCAAGAUAGGCCGUGUGAACCAGGGUAACAACAUGUAUCUGUUUCCUGGAAUUGGACUUGGAGCACUGCUCAGUGGUGCUCAUCAUAUAACAGACGGCAUGCUCCACGCCGCCGCUGAAUGUCUUGCAUCCGUGAUGGACGAGGAGAGCUUGCAGAAAGGCAUCAUCUAUCCUCCUAUUCCAGAAAUUAGAAAUAUAACUGCUAAAAUCGCGGAGGCUGUGAUUAAAGAAGCCAUCAUUGAGGAGGUUGCAGAGGGUUACAGAGAAACAGAUCCCAGAGAGCUUCAAGCUAUGGCGCAAGAUGACAGCAUCCUGGCCUAUGUCGAGAAGAACAUGUGGUCACCAGAAUACUCUUCAUUGGUUUAUGAAUCCUGAGCUCCGACUGCAAUUAUCGAUCGUCUUCGGGAUUCAAGGUCUCCUUUUUCAACAUCUGAAGUUGCAGCAACAGUUUGACCCAACUCAGAGGCGGCAGAGUCUCAAGGAGUCACUUCUGUGCUGAAUAACGUAGUGAAUGUAGGCAGAUUAGGUUUGCAAAUCGACUCGCUUGACCCCCGCAGAUACAAACCUUGUCGGACGAGUAGGAAUUGCUAGAAAAUAUAUUUGAAGACCAAAUGUGUAAUCGUAGAUUUUCGAUUCCCUAAAAGUUAGUCCCUGCUUUCUCGCAUAUGAAAAUCCUCAAUGUGAAAAGUCGCUCCAAUUUUGCAGUACGUUCAAUGAGGAAAACGUAGCCUUCUAACGAGGUUAUCAACCAUCUGUUUAUUUGUGAAGACUCCAUGAAACGAUGUGUUAUGAAUAGAGAAGGUUUCGGUGAUCUGC